ACUGCUUGGAUUUGAUCUAUGUUUUGUGACUGAAUCUGUCAUGAACGUGUGUUAUUAAAUUUUCCAACAUUGAACAGAAACAACUGCUUUUAUGGAAAAUCUUUAAAAAAACACAAAAUGAAAACGAAUGUGAAUAUUGAAAAUUACCGUAAAUUAGUACAAACAUAUAUAGAUUUGCAUGUUUAUAAUGCAGCCUUAUUUUGGGCGGAUAAAGUUGUUGCUCUUACUGGAAAUCCUAGGGAUGUUUAUUGGUUAGCUCAGUGUAUGUAUCUGCUAAAACAAUACCACAGAGCUGCAUACCUAUUGCGAUCAAAGAAUCUGGACAAGGCAAAUGUACUUUGUACAUAUCUCACUGCUCAAUGUUUUUACAAAGCUAAUGAACUAAGUGAAGCACUGAAGCUUUUAAAUUCUACAGAUCCAUUUAUGGUACUUCCGAAAGAUGAGAUGACUUCGCCCUGUCCUUCAGAAACUGAUAUUAAGUUGUUUGAUGAUACACCUAAAAGUGUAAGUAAUACAGUUUUAAUUUCCAGUUCCAAUACAGCCUCUUAUCAAUUUACUGCACCAGAAAGUAAUGCAUUACAACCUUAUAUAGCUCUUUCAAAUAACAACAUGUCUGCUAAGUGAAAAACUCUCACAUUACAAAAGUCUAUGUUCUGUAGCAUGCUUAUUAAGUGUAAAAUUUAAUAAACUUGUAAUUGAAGGUUGUUACAUCACUUAGUAGUUAAAAUAAGUUUUGUCCACAGUCAAUUGUAACAAUAUUACUACAGUACGCUUGAUUAGUAGAGUAUGUUUUGUACAAAAUAAAGGCAACAUGAGAGGACAUUUUGUUUUUAGCAAGCAUAUUCGUCAUUUUUAUUAUUAAAAGGUAAGAUAUUAGAAGCUAUGGAUAAUCGAGGACUAGCAGCUGAUUGUUAUAAACAAGCCCUGAGAACAGAUGUUUAUUGUUAUGAAGCUUUUGAAUCUUUAAUAAAAUAUCAAAUGCUUACUGCUGCUGAAGAAGAAGAAUUACUCACUUCACUUCCAAUAGAUAGCCAAUGUUCUAGUGAAGAAGCAGAAAUUCUGCUAACAUUAUAUGAAUCUAAAUUGAAAAAGUAUCACACACCUGUGUUACCAAAACCUAAUGAGAGCAAAAUAUUAUAUGGUAACUCCAAUUCUUUACCAAACAAUAAAUUGUUGAGCAGUUUGAACUUGACAUCACAUAGUUUAUACACUCCAAUAAUUCCUGCAUCCAUCAGUACUCCAGUUGUAACAAGGAAUAAUGAUAAGAAUAUCAUGAAAAGCAAUGAAGCUAAAAAAAAGAGCAUGCCAAUGGACAUCAGCAGUAGUAAUACACUGCUGAUGAAGCUGAAAAAUAGCUUGGAUUUACAAGUUGCUGAAGCUGAGAGGUUGUAUUAUAACUGUGAUUACCAAGCAUGCAAUUUGUUAACAGAGGCUGUUUUGAAAAUGGAUCCAUACCAUGAUGCUUGUCUACCAAUACAUAUAUCUUGCCAGGUCGAAUUGAAGCAGAGUAACAAGUUAUUCACAUUGGGACACAACCUAGUUGACCUGUAUCCAAACUUGGCAAUACCAUGGUUUGCUGUAGGCUGCUACUACUACAUUAUAGGAAAAAGUGACUUAGCAAGGAGGUAUCUGUCCAAAGCAACUGCAUUAGAUCGACUAUUUGGACCAGCUUGGUUAGCCUAUGGACAUUCAUUUGCAAUAGAAAAUGAGCAUGAUCAAGCUAUGGCGGCUUACUUUAAGGCUUCUCAACUCAUGCGAGGGUGUCACUUACCCUUAUUGUAUAUAGGUCUAGAGUGUGGAUUGACAAACAAUGUUAACUUGGCUGAAAAAUUUUUUCAACAGGCUCAACACAUUGCUCCAGAUGACCCCUUUAUUAUGCAUGAAAAAGGAGUGAUAGCUUUCCAAAAUUCACAAUAUGAAACGGCUGAAAAGCAUUUUCGAGAAGCACUAGAAAGAGUAAAAAUAAUAAAAAAAGGAAUCAUACCUUUGAAGUGGUGCCCUUUGUUGAAUAACUUGGGACACACUUGUAGAAAACUGAAAAAAUAUGAAGAUGCUUUGGAGUUUCAUAACAAGGCACUGUUGUUAGCUCCUCAGUCAGCAGGCACUUAUUCAGCCAUAGCAUUCGUUUAUGUACUGAAAAAUAACCAUGAUGAAGCUGUGGAAUGGUUUCAUAAAGCAUUAGGAUUAAAAAGAGAUGACACAUUUAGUACAACAAUGUUGAAUUAUGUAAUAGAGCAGUUGACAGAAGAAAAUGACCCUUAUCCAGACUGUCCUUCCGAGAUUCCCAAAUACAAUAUUGAAUCGAAAAAUACAACAAAAAAUGCGUCCCAAACUAUGGCAGAAAGCAGGAGUAUGGCUGUCCAAAGUGAUAAUAAUGGAAUGUCAGACAUGAGCAUGAGUAUAGAAGCAACUAAUUCAACAACAUGAUAUUUUUUGGAGAUUUACUUUUAGGCUGCAAGUGAGAUUAUUAAGGAAUAACUGUAUGUAUUUGUAUUGAGUUUUUUUUUAUUAUAAAGAUAAACAAAUAUGACG